CUGGGCCCGCGUUGGGUGCUCGUUCAUCAGUCAUUGGCUAGGCGACCAAGAAGGAUUGCUGAACAUGUCUUUUUUCCCUAAAAUAUCUCUGAGGCCUGAGGUGGAAAACUAUCUCAAAGAGGGCUUUGUGAAUAAGGAGAUUGUAUCAGCUGGAGGUAAAGAAGAGGCAGAAAGGAAGUUUGAAACUCUGCUAAAGCACUUGUCACACCCGCCAGCAUUCACAACUGUCAGAGUAAACACACAUUUAGCCUCAGUACAAUAUGUGAAAAAUUUGUUAUUUGAUGAACUCCAGAAGCAGUAUAAUGGUUUCAGCGUUCCUAUACUGGAUCACCCAGACCUUCAGGAUGUCCUGCUUAUUCCUGUAAUUGGACCAAGGAAGAACAUCAAGAAGCAGCCUUUUGAAGCCGUGGUUGGCGCCCAGUGUGGCAAUGCGGUGCUGAGAGGUGCCCACGUCUAUGUGCCAGGAAUCGUGUCAGCCUCAGCACUUAUGAAAGCUGGAGAUACGAUUUCUGUGUACUCAGAUAUUAAAGGCAAAUGUAAAAAAGGAGCAAAAGAAUUUGACGGAACAAAAGUGUUUCUUGGAAAUGGUGUUGCUGAAGUGAGCCGCAAGGAAAUCUUCAGCGGGCUUCCGGAACUAAAGGGGAUAGGCGUUCGCAUGACUGACCCACUGUACCGCAGCCCCUCCUUUGACAGCGUCCUGCCAGGCUACGUGUUCCUACAGAAUUUGCCAUCUGCUGUUGUAACUCAUGUUUUGGAUCCUCAGCCUGGAGAGAAGAUUCUGGAUUUGUGUGCAGCCCCUGGAGGCAAAACAACACAUAUCGCUGCACUAAUGCAUGAUGAGGGGGAAGUAAUAGCACUGGAUAAAAUACCCAACAAAGUAGAAAAAAUAAAGCAGAAUGCUUUAUUGUUAGGACUGAAUUCUAUCAGGGCAUUUUGCUUUGAUGGAACAAAGGCUCUUAAUCUUGAUAUGGUUGCAGGCGCAGAAGGGCACCCUCCAUUCCUGCCAGAAUCCUUUGACCGAAUUCUUCUUGAUGCGCCCUGUAGUGGACUGGGCCAGAGACCAAACAUGGCCUGUACUUGGACUUUGAAGGAGGUGACUUCAUAUCAGCCAUUACAGAGGAAGCUCUUUACUGUGGCGGUUCAGCUGCUGAAACCAGGGGGCCUGCUGGUCUACAGCACAUGCACAAUCACCCUGGCAGAGAAUGAAGAGCAAGUUGCCUGGGCCCUCACCAAGUUUCCUUGCCUUCAGCUUCAGCCUCAGGUUCCACGGCUCGGUAGUGCAGGCAUGACAGGAGCUGGCUUGUCUCAGGUACUCUUAGAACAACUGCAGCGAUUCGACCCCUCAGCCGCGCCACUCCAGGACUCAGACACCCAGUUUCUGCAGGAGGCCAGCUCGGACCAGCUGAUCCAGCUGGCAAAUAUGGACUGUAUCGGCUUUUUCAUCGCAAAGUUCCUCAAGUGCCAAAGCACAAAGGAGCCUUAGAAGCGAAAAUGCC